AUGCAGUCUGAGGAUGCCUCCUCUAUUUCCAAAGCUAUCCACGCUGUGGCCUUGGUCCUCAAUGCUGCCUCUUCCUCCCAACUGAGUACCAGGAAGAUGCAAGUUGGAGACCAUCAGUCGCUCCAAAUUGUACAACCAUGGCAGAUGGUGCCUUCUUCUAGAUGUUCAGAAAGUUGUUAUUCUGGAUAUGCCAAGCUCAUGAGAAAGGGAGCACCAAUUUGCUGCUAUGACUGUUCUCUGUGUAUGGAAGGAACAUUUUCAAUGCAAGAAGAUGCAGCCCAUUGUGAAAAGUGUCCAGAUGGCCAGUAUUCCAAUAAGAAGCGAGAUCAGUGUGUCUCCAAAAGUAUAAGCUUCUUAUCCUAUGAAGAACUGUUGGGAUUCAUUUUGGCUUUCUUUGCCAUUGCUUUGUCCCUGAUCACUGCCUUCAUUCUGGGAAUCUUCAUUAAAUACCAAGAAACUCCCAUAGUCAAAGCUAACAAUCGGGACCUCACCUACACUCUUCUGAUCUUCCUCUUGCUUGCUUUCUUGACCUCCCUUCUGUUUAUUGGUCAUCCUAAGAAAGUGACUUGUCUUCUUCGGCAAGUCACCUUCAGUUUUGUUUUCUCAGUUGCCGUAUCUUCCUUGCUCGCAAAGACUAUCAUGGUGGUAGUUGCAUUUUUGGCCACAAAGCCAGGAAGCAGGAUGAGAAAAUGGCUGGGGAAAACUCUGGCCAACUCCAUUGUCUUGUCCUGUUCUGGGUGUCAAGUGGGAAUCUGCAUGAUAUGGCUAGGAUUCUCUCCCCCAUUCUCAGAUUCUGACUUGCAUUCCCAACCGAGACACAUCUUGCUGCAAUGCAAUGAAGGCUCAGUCAUCAUGUUCUAUUCUGUCCUUGGCUACAUGGGCUUUUUGGCUGCUAUCUGUUUCUUUGUGGCUUUCUUGGCCCGAAAGCUUCCAGGGACUUUCAAUGAAGCCAAGUGGAUCACCUUCAGCAUGCUGGUCUUCUGCUGUGUUUGGAUCUCCUUUGUCCCCACCUACCUGAGCACCAAAGGGAAAUACAUGGUGGCCGUCCAGAUCUUUUCCAUCCUGGCCUCCAGCCUUGGCUUACUAGUCUGCAUCUUUCUCCCCAAAUGCUACAUCAUUAUUCUGAGAUCUGAGUUGAACACCAAGGAGCAUCUAAUAAGAAAAAAGAAUGAGGGCUCCCAAUUUUAG